AUGACCCCCCAUUACGCCAACCCUGAUACAGAGUCCUUCAGGUACUACCCCUCCAACAUCGAUGUGAUCGAGUGGCUCGGGGCUUACUACAUCGAGACACAGUUCUGUGAGAAGGCCAUCCAGUUCUUUGAAAGAGCCACACUCAUACAACCAACUCAGGUGAAGUGGCAGCUGAUGGUGGCAAGCUGCUACAGGAGAAGUGGAAACUACCAGAAAGCUCUGGAAACGUAUAAGGACAUUCACCGAAAGUUUCCAGAAAACGUGGAAUGCCUGCGUUUCCUGGUGAGGCUGUGCACAGAUAUGGGACUGAAUGAAGUCCAGGAAUACGCCACCAAGCUGAAGAAAGUGGAGAAGAUGAAGGAGAUCAGAGAGCAGGUAAAUCAUUUUGCCUUUAAAAAGCUAUUUCCUUCCCUCUUAAAGCCUUUUUGUGUCAUUAAACAUCUAUUCUGAA